AUAAUUAAUUCCACAGUCAGUGAUGUUAUAUUUUAGCCAGCGUUAAUUAGAUCUGCUGUUAAAAGAGUAUAUUGUUAUUGAAAUACUAGAGCUAGCUCCACGCGCGCCAACUCGUUUGUGCCACAGUCUAAAUAAGCUCAGAUAGUUAAACUGAGCCCGUGGAGGAUUUGUCUGUAAAUAUAAAAAUAUAAAAGGCUUGUUAGUUUGUCUUAACGUUAUAUUUUUAAAAGACGCGUAAGUGGUUUUGUAUUUGUUUGGCCUCACGUGGCUACUAGCUACUCAAAGUUCACCAUAGAUCGUGAUGAAAACGCAAGUGAUAAAAGAAAAAGCGAUGUCCAAAAGAAGCUACAUUAAUUUGAAAAUAAAGAUCAAUAAUGACUGCACUCCGCCAGCCUCAAAGAGACUCAAGUGCACUUCCCCAGAUGAAGGCUGUUUCUCGGCCUCUCGAGAGGAGAGCCGCCGGAGGAGCUCCGUGCCCUUUGAUAAGGACGUGGACAGCCUCUUGUGCCUGCAGGACAGAGGGGACGAUGGGUAUUUCUCACUGUCCUUUGAGGGAGAUGCGGUCCAACAAAGUCCAGAGGAUCUCAGACUUGGUUCUCCUUUAUUUGAGUCCACUGUGGUCUGUGGGGAGGAAGAAUCUAUAAACGGCAGCGAGUGGGAGACGACCCUCCCUCUGCAAGUACAGGUCAAAUCUGUGGUUGUUCCUGUAGCGCCUGUAGUUUCUGUUGCUCCAGUAGAGGGAGCUGUUAGACAACGAUUGGAAAAAGAAGAAGAGGAAAAGAGAAAAUACUUCAAUGCUGUGACAAGGCACAUGUAUGAGAGGCCCUCCAAUCAAGAUGUGAUGGGGGAGCUCUUAAGUCUCAUGUCCGAAGUAGCCCAAGAUUCUCGAGGCCCGCAUUGGCAACAUCCCUCAGAUCUCACAAGAAGAAAUUACGUGAAGAGAUUUAAACCAAGCCGAGUGACACUUGAGGAUUACGAGAAAAGCUUGGACUUGACUUUCAAACGCUUCUCCACUGUACCCAAACUGUUCAAAAGAAGCCUUUGACUGAAUGUUGUUUGCUUUAUUUUUCAUGUUAUUAAUAUUUGCAUGUUUGUUAGACUGCAUGUUGGUUUUGAAUUUGAAUUUAUACAUAAAGCACUUAAUGUGUGUUUAAAGUAGUUUUAAUGUCUUAUAAUGUUGCCCUCUCCUGUUGCUUUACAUUUUUAAUUUUCAAUUGAAGAAACCAAAUGUUAAUGUGGAAAAUCAUUUUAUUGAAGCAUGCACAAGGAAGCAUACACUGUUUUCUUCAGAACUGAAGCUGUGUAACCUUGUGCAUAAUGGUGAAACCAUGCUAGCCCUCAUUAGUCAGUGACUGCUGUACACAACAAAAAUACACAUUUCACUGUUAACUUGUACACUCCAUGCUGUGUAGUGAAUGAAUAAAAUGUUUGUUUAGGAGAAGAUAAGGUAAGAUAUCAGGUCUCUACUCUGUUGUAUACACUCAACAUAAAACAAAACAAAAAAAACAAGUCUGUGGUUAAUACUUGCUUAGAAUUUAUAUGAACACAAGUCCUAAAUCUAUAGAGCUCAGGAUCAAAUGUCAAAACCACGUAAGAAGUGUCAGAAUACUUUUGAAUGUUAAGUUUAGUAUUUAAUCAUAUGUUCAAUACAUAUUAUUAUGUAUGUUAAAUACAUACUGUAUAGAACAUAUACAGUAUGUAUUUAACAUCUUAAAAUCUAGAUUGGUUAAAUAUUAAAAACACAAUCCCCUGCUCUAUUGGCAGUUUUGCUAUGACAUGGAAAACUCAUCUGAUAUACACUCGCAUGUAAAGACUACAUUUUAAAUUUACUCUUCUAUAAAUAAUAGAUGCAAUGAUUAAUAAAUACAUUACUUUCUUGCACAAUCCAGAGUACAUAAAUUCAGGGAUACAAUUUUCUCACUUGCUACUAAAUGUGUGUUUGGGUCAU